AUGGCUGUCCAACAGACACUAACUUCAAUUCCAGCUGUCCUUGCAAAGCCCAGUUCUGCUACACCUGCGGGGAGCGCUGGAAGACCUGUCCAUGUGACCAGUGGCACGAAGAUCGGCUCUUGGCCAGAGCGAACCAAGUCGUCGCUCGCGGCCAACCUCAAGUCGGGGUAG